AUGAAUAAGGGUAAUAAUCUUGAUCCCUUAAACUGGAAAAAAUGUGUGUGGAACAUCAAGUGCUCGCCCAAGUUGCAGCACUUUCUGUGGAAUGUAAAAUCAAACGCACUUGAUGUGGGGGAGACACUAAGCAAAUGUGGGAUCCAAACUGAGGGGAAAUGCAAAAGGUGUGGAGCUAGUGAAUCAAUACUUCAUGUGAUAAUAUUAUGCCCUUAUGCACAAAGAGUGUGGAAACUAGCAUCAAUCUUAACACCUCCCAGUACCAGUAGUGAUGCAUCUAUGGCGGAGAUACUACAAGCAUGCACUAAGAUGAUUAAUCUACCUCCCACAGGUCUGGUAACUCUCCUGUACCCAUGGAUUUUCUGGGUAUUGUGGACUAGUAGGAACCAGUUGAUGUUCGAGGAUAAGUCUUUCUCGGAAACAGAGACGAUGCUCAAGGCAAUAAAGGCGACAGUGGAAUGGCAAGAGGCGAUCAAACUCCCUACCGCGACUAAGCUCCCUACAAAGAAAUCAAACUAUGUUUCUAUUAAAGACUGUUCACUGAUGAACUUAAAUCCGCAGAUAUCAAUUAAUGCCUCAGCACUGUAUUCGGAUGCGGCUUAG